AUGUCAAAUCCGCCACCAAAAGAGGAUCAAUGGGCAUUUGGUCCGAUUGGGUCACCGUUUCCUGACAAUCCAGUUCGAGUAAUGGGCGAGGCAAAUAUGUAUGUGGCAUUAUGGUACAAAUAUGGUGUACCUAUACAUGGCCGAGCAUGGAAUAAUGGUGGUGUAUUGGAAUGUUCAUUCCCAUACAAAAAUGCGGAGUUAUCAGGCACCAAAGACCUUGGUGGCCAGAUUCAGGUACUUCAAUACAAGGGAGACCACAACACACUGGGAUUUUGGUAUGAAUGGAUCAGAUACAAAGAUCGCUUUGAGAAAACUGAAAUUCGCCAAACCGUACACUGCGGUGACUCAAUGCCGAUCUUAUGGAAAGACCGACCUGAAGGAGCGCUUCUUGGUUAUCUCGAUAACAAAACGGAGCUGGCACAUUUUUCAUUCCAAGGAAAAUCGGUAUCAAUGCAGGGACCACCACUGGGUAACAUGUGGAUUAUAGUUCGAAAUACAAGAGGCGGUCCACCAACAUGUGCUUGUAAAAAAUGCUAUCGAGCACCCCCACCAACACCACCACCAGGACCUCCACCACCACGUGUUAUGCUUGAUGAAUGGAUCGACCUUCGUGCCGGUGAUCCAUGGCCAUCAGAUAAGAAGCUUCUUAAGGCUUUAGACAAGAAUCUCGACACAAUACCAGGCGAGAAUCCAGCACAAUACGUAGCGUUAUGGUAUCAACAAGGUGAACCUGUCAUGGGUCGAAUCUGGAACAACAAUGGCAAGAUAGCAGCUUGUUUCGGUUGGAAUAAUAAUGAAUAUCGGGACAACGUAGGCUCACUGCAAAUCCUGGUAGAAUUACCUGAUUUCAUUAGAGGUUACGACUAUAGUUGGCAACCAUUCUCGGUUUGUUCAUCAUUUGGUGAAAAGGAAUGGUUCCCUGUAUAUGUUGAUCGUAAGGGCAUUAUUUCACCUUGUGUAUGCACAUUCAAUGGCAAACAGAUUCUUGGAAAAGCUGAUAUUCGUAACGAAAAAGCAUCCUCCGCUUUCGGAGGAAAGGAGAAUGUCCUAGUGGGACCGACCGUGCAAACUCAAAUGGUUCUAUGCCGUAAAGCAAGACCAGGAUAUAAGUUCGACUAG